CGGACAUUUUUCCCGGGUCACCGCAGCGGCCCGGGGCGAGUUUCGCGACGUAAUUACCGUCGAAAUCGCCCGCCGAGCGCGUUUCCACGCACGGGACACGCCGCGCGGCCACCGUUUCCCUUCCUUUCUUUUUGAAUGAAAGCUCGCGAGUCGCGAUCGCCGGGACGUACGCAUUGCCCGCACGGGACCGCCGCGUUCCGCGCGAGACUCGCCGCUCGCGUGGGCGUUUCGCCAGGAGAACGUCCCGGCGGUUUCGUGCCUUCGCUUAACCUCGCCAUCGCGCGGGAAAGUGUUCGUGACACGUAAAUAAACGACGUGACGCGCUCUGAUUCUUUCGCGAUCGCAUCGGGAGUCUCGACGAUGAUCGCUAUCGACGAGAUGGAGCAGAGGGACCUCCCACAGGCGUUUCGCCUGCUGGGAGAGAUGAAUGCCAACGUCCUCCAGGUGAACCAGGUUGUGGACAAUAUGCUGAUGCGAGUGAAGAAUGGCGAGAUGUCGACGGACAAAGGCCUCAGCUUCCUGGAGAUGAAGUAUCACAUGCUGCUCUCGUAUCUCAUCAACCUGACCUACGUCGUCCUGAGAAAAUGUUCUGGCGAACGCAUUGAGGGUGACCCAUCGAUCGACCGUAUGAUCGAGAUUAGGACUGUCCUAGAGAAAAUCCGACCAAUAGACCACAAGCUUAAGUACCAAAUAGAUAAACUCGUCAAGACAGCGGUGACCGGCACCAUCAACAGUGACGAUCCCAGUAACUUCAGGGCAAAUCCUGAUGCACUGGUCGCCAAGCUCGACAGCGAGGACUCUGAUAGUGGUCAGGAGGAGGAUGAAGACGAUGUCAAAUCAACGCAACAGCCUAGGAAAUCUAACGUUUAUGUACCGCCAAAACUCGCUGCGGUGCAUUAUGAUGGCGACGAAACAAUGGCGGAGAAGAUCCGCAAGGCCGGCGAGAGAGCUCGUAGACGCGCCGUGUCGAAUACAGUGCUGCGGGAACUGAAGGAGGAAUAUCUGGAUGCGCCUGUGGAAGACAGUCAGGGUCUGGGCGAGAAGCGAGCGAUUCUGGUGCGCGAGGACAAGCGGAAGAUCGAGUACGAGGAGAAUUACAUGACGCGUUUGCCCGUCACCAAGCAAGAGAAGCACAGACGUCGCCAGAUGACGACCCUGGGCACUCUCGGCGACGAGAUCACUACUUUUGGAGAGUCAUCCACCAAGACCGCCAAGAAGAGAAAAGCUCAGAGGAAGGGCAAGGCUAAAAAAAGUUUCAAGAAAAAACGGCAUCAUUAAGAACAUGAUGAAGAAACGGCUCUGGGACUUUGGAUGAGAUCUCGGAGUUUCAUACAGCAUUAACGAUUAAGGUAAAAGGUAAAAAAAAAGAAAAAUAAAUUUACUCGACUUCUUCUUCGAAACAAAAGCAGAUGCCACUAAUACUCGUUAUUAAGUUAAGCUAAAGAUAACAUCGUAACAUCUAGUAAUAAAAAAAAAAUGACAACGUGUGUCGACGGUGGAGUAAAAAUAGCACGAUGGUAAUUUAUUACUGUAUAAGACAUACUAAUGGUCGUGUAAUUGAUAAUUCUAGUUAAUAAUGAUUUUAAUCUUUAACUGUUGUCUGAAAGAUCAAUUUUGAUCUGUGGAGUUAAGAGACGAGAUCCAUCGAGAAAAUCGGUAUUUCACGUGAGUGUGAACGCGAUGAGGAACAACGUCAAAGUAACGAUGGCACAUACGAGCUUAAUGGAAAUUAUGUGUCGUAAUAGCGUAAUAUUGUAUUGUAAUGUUGGAUCGAGUAGCGAACUUAACGGCUCCAGGAUUGAAAAUUGUGAAUUACACGUAAAAGUUGAAAAGCAGAACAUUUCUCUGCUUUAUUUUGAAAUAUUCUCCGGCUACAUAGGAACGAUGGAAGGAAGGAGGAAAUCAGUAAAAAACAUAGCAGGAGAGACGAUAUUGAAUUAAUUGUUAACAAAAAGCGUAAAAAUCACAAGACAUUCACAGCAAAAACGCGCAGAAGUUACAAAACUUGAGAUUUAGAAAGAAAAAAAAAGACAAAAGAGGAAAAAAUCUUUAGAAACUGCACGCACUCGGCGCAACUUCUGAGAAUAAAUUUUGGAAAGCACUUUGGAAAAACAAGCGAAAAAAAGAGGAAAAAGAGAAGCAAAAACGAUAUUUCGUUGAUAUCGCAUGUCUUAGGAUUUUCUCGCUGUCUUAGAGUAGUGAAGUAGUUACUAGUUUUACUAUAUUAUAUGUAUGUUUCGUUUGUGUUUUUCCCCUGGUGAAACUGUUGAGGCUAUUACAAACAUUUGAAUGUGAGUCAUGUUUUUACGUUAAGUCUCAUUUGUCUUUUUAUUAUUACAAUGUGCUUGUGCAUUGUAUAUCUGUUGUUUUUGCGUUGGUUUUAAGUCGUUAAACUUAUAUUGAUAGUAAUAUAAGGAUAACACGAGCGUGUCAAAAUUCAAAAUUGUCGUCAUGUUCUCAGAUUUGAUUUCCAUUGACCGUUUAUUUCAUUUCUCAGAGGGAGAGAGAGGGGGAGCUUGGCAUAUUACACAGUAACGGAUAGAAAGAACGAAGGAACGAACGAACGAAGACUUCGGGCGAAUAUCACUUCUGCAAGCUUGAUAAAUAGGAAUAUUUGUACAAUCAAAUCGGGGGAUUGAGAAUCGCAUUAUCGAUUGUAAUUCUUCGCCCCUUAAAUAGGUUACAUUUUUUUAACGUUUUUAGACGCGGGACUUCUUCACGACGUCCCAGUGAAAGAUGUUCCUUUAACGUACUCUUUAAAUUCUUUGAUAUUAAAUCUCACUUGAAAGAGUGAAAAUUGAGCCAGUCUUGAAAAAGCCCAGGCUUCGCUAAUAGAGAGCUAAGAUUAACUUCACAUUCUCGGUUUAACUUACUAUUUAUUCUUAAUUCUAUAAACUCUAGAAUUAGGCAAAGGGUAAAUUGGACCGUUGAAUUAAAGUUGAUCUCACGUUGGUGAAACUGGAUCUAAGAGUGAGAUUUCACUUUUCAGUGGGAUUCAUUCUAAAAGUUUUAGAGAGUAGCGAAAUUGAGCGACACAUAUUGUUCUAUGCAGAGAGUACAUGUGUUAGAUAUAUACGUUACUAUGUAGCCACAUUGCUCACUCCGUGCAGAAGUGAUCCCACCCUCCCAGUUUGCCCUUCCCCCCUGCGAGAGAGGCAACUUAACUCGGUUCGCUUGCGUAUGCUGGCCAAGGGCUCAACCAUCCAUAGAUAUUAUAUUUUUUACAGAAGUGUUCAUAGAUUGAGUCAACUUGGCGCGGCGCCGACGAUGUGUCGCACGCCUCCCCCUCUCCUCGACGAUCUGUGAAGACGAUUAAUUAAAGAAAAAAAAAAGAAAAAAUGUGAUAAUGAUUAUUCAUGAAGUAAUAGUUAAAGAGAAACUUAAACAAAAUAGCACAAUCGCUGGGCAUUAUUUACAAAGUGCUAGCAAGCCUAAUGUCAGCAGCCUUGUCGUAUUUGGUAUUUAAAAAAAAAAUGAAGUUGAAAAACGCCGAAUUGCGGACGGAUUUUUUGCGGAACAUCCGAACGUUUUCUGGAAAGAUGAGCACACACACACACACAUACAUACACACGUGCGCUCGUUAUCGAUACGGGAUUAAUUCUUGGGUGCGCGUGUGGGGAGAGAGAGAGAGAGAGAGAGAGAGAGAGAGAGAGAAGAGGAAAGGAAGAAAAAUCGAGAUAUAGAAGUCUCGAUGGAAUUUGUCCGACAUUCGGCUUCCUCAUACUCCAUUGCAUAGACGAUAAUUUCGGAAGCACACCUACGGCCGGCGCGAACUACGAGCUUGGAAAAAUAAUAUAUACCGAUCGAUACACUUUCAUAAUCGCCUGUCAGAUUACUGCCGAUAAUGAUAUUUUGCAAUAGGCCUGCAAACAUUUUGCACUCGUAUACUCCACGAGACAUAUACACCGGACUUUUUUAUACGUAUAUACGUAUUCUAAACGACAAAGAACAACUCCGGGCUCGCAGUCGGAAGUGCGGUAGGUGUGCGAAGGAGUAUUCAUACGACAUACACAACAUAUCCACACACGCAACAUAUAGCAGCAAGGUAAUAGGAUUACAUUGAAUACACUACCUCAAAUCAAUAGUAAUAUGGAUUUACAGUAAUAACGGGAAAAAAAAAGCGAAUCCGCGGUGGUCACGCUCUGCGCCCCCGUUGUUGUUACGAGCCUCGAUUCUUUACAGGGUCGCCGACGUUUUUUUACGGGAUAUAUUUCCACCGAAACUUUGUUGAAGGAUGUAUGUAUAGUGGAUUUAUUCGCCUUAAAUAUUCUCACCUAUCUAUAUUAACCCUGGCAGACGCAGGUGUGAUUUUAUAGAGAAUGAUAAACGUCUUGCGAUUCUGCGACGGAAAUCUAUUAUAGAAGAAAAAGGGUAAAUAUGUUAUCGAGGUCAUGACUUAACUAAUUCAAAGAUAGUCGCUGCUCGUUGUUUAUUAAAAAGUUAAAGAUGCAAAAAUAGAGUAUAGUUUUCUGAUACUAAAAUGAAAACAAAGAGAAGCUACAAUGUAAAAUAUUUCUAUAUAGCGUUGAUGGAGGGAUUGGGGCAGGAGGGUGGUGAAACUGCUCCUUUACUUAUAUUAAUAACUUCUAAUUGACAAAAACACAGGAAUUAGAUAUUAGAUUGAAUUGUGAAAAAAAAUAUGGAUGAAUUUUUAUUAUUGGCAGCAAUAUACGUUAUGGUUUUGUUAUAUAAUGCCUACCUUGUGUAAAGGUCUGUCUAAUCUUUUAAAUUUUUAUUAUAUUGUAGAUGAAGAUUUAAUUUAAAACAUAAAUGUGGCUAUAAAGUCCACAUGUCGAAAAACGAUGUGUCCGACAAAUUGUGUUAACUUUUUAAUAAAUAACGAACGACGAUUAAAAUCUUGUGAAAUCUUACUUAGACAUAUUUCAAGAUCAUUGAUUUUUGAAGGAGUUGAUCUUAUAAAUAUUUAUCAGAAGAAGAAUUAUAGAUGAGGAUCUAGAACAGAUUUGUAUUCCGUUUUGUUAAUUUGAACUGUCUAUAAUACAGGAAUACAGUUGACGUUUAAAUUUAUUUAUCUAUAUUCCAUCAUCAGCACAUUAGAUAAUUGAACGUGAAAUUAGGAUUAGAUGAUUGAGCGUUGGUUUCAUACAUUUAGGGGAUCCAUCGGAUCUCUGCCCGUGUUUUCCAGGGUUAUGAGGAAAGGACCUACAAAUGUACAAAUAUACUAUAUUAGGGAAAUAUUGCGAGGGCGUUGCCGCUGCGGACCUUUAAAAGAGUAGUCCUUCAAAUCCAACAACGCUGCCGAAUGCCGAACUGAAAAAAAAAAGAAAAAGAAAGAAAGAAAAGUAUCAAGAAGUAUCUUUGCAGCAGAGACGGAAUGAUGAUAGGGAUGAUUUAUUGACUACAUUCAUAGUCUUUGAAGAGUAACGACGUUUGAUUUAUAUAUUGGUGAAUUUUUCUGUAAUUUUAUGUACAACUAUAUAAAAUGACAAUUCUCAACGUGUGAACGAAAGAAAUUGCGAGAACGGAGAGCGAAAGAGAGAAAUAAAGGGUGCGAUAGAGAAAGAAA